CACGACACAUGGAUACGCUUAAUAGGCACGCACAAAUUCAACGAAUCAUUCACUAUGCUGGUACGCCUGGCAUAUGCGACGACGAUCCUCCUGAUCCUGCUCAGUGGAUCAACUAGAGCCAUUCGAGUGGCGCCGCUGAGCGCCAAGCAGCAGGAAAGGUUAUCCCAGGAGGCCAGAGCGUUCGAAGGUCGCGUCAUAGAUGGCACGGAUGCGGAGCUGGGUCUGGCCAAGUACCAGAUCUCACUGCAGGGAAGCUAUUACUACGAUCACAUGUGCGGUGGAGCGAUCCUCAACGAGCGGUGGGUCGUGACGGCGGCCCACUGUGUUUACGGAUAUAAUCCCAGCUACCUGCGGGUGGCCACCGGCACUGUUCGCUGGGCCGAGCCCGAUGCUAGGUACUUUGUGGAGGAGUACUGGGUGCACUGCAACUACAACGUACCUAACUACGCCAACGACAUUGCCCUGAUCAAGCUGAACGACUCGAUUGUGUUUAACGAGGUCACACAGCCCAUAGCCUUGCCCAAGGAGCCGCUGGCCAAUGGCACAGAACUCCUGCUCACUGGAUGGGGCUCUACCGAAUUGUGGGGUGACUCCCCUGAUGUGCUGCAGAAGGCCUCCCUCACGUACGUCGAUUAUCCCACUUGCCAGAAGUUACUGGACAACGAUCCCCUGAACGGUUAUUGCCACGUGUGCACGCUGACGUCGGGCGGACAGGGCGCCUGCCACGGCGAUUCCGGAGGUCCGCUGACAGCCAACGGACAGCUGUACGGCGUGGUCAACUGGGGCUAUCCCUGUGCCACUGGCGUCCCCGAUAGCCAUGCCUCCAUCUACUUCUACUUGGACUGGAUUCGAUCCAUGAUAAACGGACCCUGCAAGACCUGCCACUGCUAUGCCAGCAACUAUCCCAGUCUGUGAUGAAAAUAAAGCCAGUGUCGUGCCGGGUUAAUGGUAUGAUCUUUAUUGUACAC